GAUCCAAGUGAACCACCCACAUCAUCUACCACAGCUUCAACAGAUAAGAGGUUGAUAAGAUUGGGCGAGAUAGAAGAGAUCAUGAGAAACACGAUGAAUAUUACUGCACCACUCUUCACCUUCAACUGCGACCUCGCUGAACUCAGAAUAGUUGAUGUGCCAUUGUGGCAUUGGCAUCAUGGCGAAUGGCAGGCCGAGGCACUGCUGGUGUCGGAUGCCACGGAGACUAGCCUUGGCGGGCGGCGGUUUUCUUUAUUUCCGCUAGUGUUCUACGCUAGAGAAAGGAAAACUCUCCCAGUUGGCUUUUUCUCCAUCGAAUCAAGCCAUUAUCAAGACAUCAACACUUCCCCGUCAUGAGACUUCAUCCAUCUCCAUAGUCAUCGACAAGCCUCCUAGCUACACUCCACCCUCAAGAGUCAACAUGCUAUGCCGGUGUAUAUAAGAAGAGAGAACGGGUCCACAACCACUGAAGAUGAUGUUAGGUCCAAGGAGGAUACAUGGGUUACCACCAAAGACAUCAGCUCAGCAGUGGGCGAUGUCGAUGAUGACAUGGGAUCCUCAGAUCCAGGCAUUGUAGAUUCCGAUGGCAUCACUGCUUAUAAACCGUCGGUGGAGCGCGAGGGGUACGAAGAGGUCAAGCUCGAGAAGGACCAUGCCGCGGAGGAGAUGAAAGCCUCUAAGGGGAAGAUGGCAGCUUUGAGUGAUGCUUUGAAGGCAGUGGACAUCGGGAUGGAAGAGUUGGAGUCGAGUGUGAAGAAUAAUGCACAAGCUAUGCAUCAUAUAGUGAAUGCACCAUGGUGACUGUCAACAAUAUUUGCACGGCUUCAGUCACAUAUUUUUGUUUCUGUUU